UUCUACUUGAGGGGCUAAUUUUUCAAGCCGAAGAAUUUGUAAAAGAAGGGGAGGAAAUUGUCGGUAACUAUUUGCUGCUGAUGUUUGCACCAUGUCGAGGCGCAAGCAAGCCAAGCCGCAGCACAUCAACUCCGACGAGCCCGGCUCGGCAGAAAAUGGAAUUAUUCCAGAUGGUCAAGCUGAUGAGACUGGGAAUGAAGUGAAGCGGUUCAGAAUGGAGAAGACAAGGGUCUGCAACAAGUGUUGUGCUGAGUUCUUUGAUGAAGCUGAAUUUAUUGAACAUGAGAAGAACUGCACUAAAAAUCACCAGGUUGUCAUCAUGAAACAUGGUGACGGCAAUGAGGUGCCUGAGGAAUAUUCACAAGGUUCUCCUGAUGGCCUCAAUAGUGACCAUGAUGACGGCCGGUCCAGCAGUCAUUCCCCAUCAAAUGUCAAUAUAGAAUCGCUGGACAGAACAGAGGAAGAGACCAAAAUGAAUGCAGAGGACAUGGGUCAGCAGGAACAGGCAGAGAUGUCUGCUAGCCCGGAGAUGUCUUUCCAGGCCUCACCCAAAAUGCCAGAUACAAAUGUCACUCUGGAAUCCAUGGCUGCCACUAAUGUGGCUGUCACUCAGUCUUCAAACAAUACAUCUUCUCCCUCACCUCAGGAUGCCCUGCAGGCUAUCCCGAUGAUCCUGGAACAGUUGGUGUGCCUCCAGCAACAGCAGCUACAGCAAAUCCAGUUGACUGAACAAAUUAGAAUCCAAGUAGCCAUGAUGGCACCACAGGGUCUUCAGUCAUCAGUAGGAGCAGCAGUGGACCCUCUGAAAGCCCUCGGUGCUCACCUCUCUCAGCAGCUUUCUGCUGCAGCAGCUCUGAUAGGCAAAAGAACAGGAAGUCAAAGCCUUUCCAUGGAAACCAUGAAGCAAGGUAAACUACCUCAUACCACUGGCAUGGCCACCUCUCUGGCUGGAGGACUUGGGACAAUGGCUUCUAAAACAGACAUUUUGAAGGGCAUUCCAGACCUGGCUAGCCGACUGCCAGCAUUACUGCCACAGUCCUCAGGGGUCAUGGCUUUCCCCGGCGCCUUCACUGGAAUCCAAGCAGGGAUUGACCCCUCUAAAAAAGGGAAAGGCAAGAUACUGAACCUUCCACCUGAAUCAAAGAAUGGUGAUUCAUUAUACAAGCACAAGUGUAAGUACUGCGGGAAGACCUUUGGGAAUGACAGUGCUCUUCAGAUUCACUUGCGUUCUCACACUGGAGAGAGGCCCUUCAAAUGUAACAUCUGUGGAAACCGUUUCACAACCAAAGGAAACCUCAAAGUACAUUUCCAAAGGCAUAAAGACAAGUAUCCCAACAUCAAGAUGAAUCCUCAUCCUGUGCCAGAGCACCUCGACAAUGUUCCCACCAGUAGUGGCAUUCCCUAUGGCAUGUCCAUGCCCAUUGAAGAGUCCAGCAUGGCUGAAAUGAAACCUAUGUUAGGCCAUUCAGCUGCUGGUUUUCACCCAUCAUCCAUACCAGGGUUCAAGACAACAUUUGAGGGGUUUGGAGGGGACACAUUUUCCCAGAGACCUUCCCCAUCAGCAAGUGAUGUUGCAUCAGUUUCCUCAAAUGUGUUUGGCCAAGAAACAGGGUUGGAUCAGAACCAGGAUUCUAAGGAAUUGAUUGGAGCUCUGCAUCAUAUGAAUGGUAAUGCUAUCUCAGGAGAGCAAAGCUCUGGAACAGCCAAACUUCAGCAGAUGGUAGAUGGUUUGGAGAAGAGGACCAAUGACCCCAACGAGUGUGUCAUCUGCCAUAGGGUGCUCAGCUGCCAGAGCUCUCUCAAGAUGCAUUAUCGUACACACACAGGUGAGAGGCCCUACAAGUGCAAAAUCUGUGGUCGUGCUUUCUCCACAAAGGGCAACCUCAAGGCCCAUUAUGGAGUGCACAGGGCAAACACCCCUCUUAAAAUGCAGCACUCAUGUCCCAUCUGUCAGAAGAAGUUCACAAAUGCUGUGGUUCUGCAGCAGCACAUUCGCAUGCACAUGGGAGGGCAGAUCCCAAACACCCCCAUGCCAGAAAACCAGUUUGAAGCUGCUGAGGCAAUGGACUCCUCUUUACCAGAUGAGAAGUCUGUGGAUACCAAUGGUUUUGAUGCAAGCAUGGAAGACCAUGAAACAGAGCUUGACUCCCAGGAGAAGCCAAAUGACACGUCAGAUUCUCUCCCAUCUACCUCUGAGGAACAGCCACAGCAGCAUGGUCCCCCCGCCAUGUUUUCCAGCCUAGAUGUUUUGAAGAAUCUCACCUCAGCUCUUGCAUUGAAACGCCAGAGUAGCACAGCUUCAGAGAGUGAGGGAACACCCAAAGAAUCCCCCUCAGUUCCUCGGGAGCAGGAAUAUCAGAAUGGCCGUAGUCCUGCCAUCUCUGAUUCAGCCAUGUCAUUCCACUCCUCUUCCCCUUUGAACAACCAUAUGGGCAGUAGCAAGUCUCCUGAAUCUGCCAUGGCUGAUGAUUAUGCCCGCAGUGGAUCAAGGCCAGACUCUGAUAGUGGCACUCAAGAUGGCAAUGAGUCAAGCGGAGCCCUUGACCUUACAGCACCCAGCAGCUUUACCCCUAAAGCAAUUAAGGAAGAACCUGGUUUGCCCUUCAGUAAUGGAGACUAUGCUCCUAGUCACAUGCCUUUCAUGAGGAUACCUCCAAGUCUGGCCAGUCUGGAAAUGAAGAUUCCUCCAGAGAAUCCCUUGGGCCAGCAUGGUUUGUUUAGCUCCCAGAUGCCUCAGGGAACAGGCAUGUCCUCAUCCACCACCAGUGCACCACGCCGAUCAACCAAGCAGCAUCUUUGUAAUGUCUGUGGCAAGAACUUCUCCUCUGCCAGUGCCUUGCAGAUCCAUGAGCGCACUCACACAGGGGAGAAGCCUUUUGCCUGCACUAUCUGUGGCAGGGCUUUCACCACCAAGGGAAAUCUGAAGGUGCAUGUUGGAACCCACAUGUGGAACAACAACUCGAGGCGUGGCCAGCGUCUGUCUCUGGAUAACCCCAUGGCACUGAUGGCAAUGAGCUCAGAAGCUAAAAUGUUGCCGGAGAUGAUGCAGGCCUCCAAAGAACUGGGUGCUCCACCAAUGAACUUUGACCCCUCCCUGUGGAACCAGUAUGCUGCUGCCUUCAGUGGUGGCCUGACCAUGAAGACCAAUGAAAUUUCUGUCAUCCAGGGUGGUGGGAUCCCACUCCCUGGGAGCCUUGCUGGUGGGCCUCUGGUUGGAUCAACUGGAGGCCUCAUGAAGAUGGAUGGGUCUCACUCAGGGUUGCCUGCUACCAUGGCUGAAAUUGAGAAGAACAGCUCCGACAGCGUGCCAAAAUCACAAUUCCCACAUUUCAUGGAGGAGGGUAAAAUUGCAGUUAAUUAAGCUUCCGAGCGUCAAUCAGCUUGUCUUGUCUAAAUUGUUUUUGAAUGUUAAAGGUGACAGCGUUAACUGCUCACCUUUUCCUCAAUUACAGGUACAAUCAAUAUUUCAAGUAAACCUUAUUGAGUAUAAUUCUGCUUAAAUUGUUUGUUUUUUCCCCAGUAACUUCAUUAGUUCUCUUCUUCUCCUGAUCUGAACAAUUCACAAGUGUUAUUUUUAGUUGAACUUGAUGUAACUACUGUAGUUGUAUUUACUGUUAAUUUUUUUUAUACAUAUGCGGGUAUUUUUUUCUGACCUUUUUUUGGUGUAUCCAGAUGUUGAAUGUAUGAAUUACUUGAAACUGCUUUAUUUAAAAUGUCUCCCUGACACAUUUUUGAAGGAUUGUGAUGAUAGUUGGACAAGUUUCAGGGCAUGACUGAUUAUGGACACUGCAUCUUGGUGUUCUCGGGACUAAUUGGUGUGCUCAACCAUAUUCCUACAUGACUACUUUCUUUCCUCUUGUGUGCCAUAGAUUUUAUGAAAUUGUACAGUUUUGUAGUGGUAAGUGUCAUUGGCAUGUUUCUUUUUGAAGAAAGGCUUUUGAUCAGUUUGGAGACUUAAAGUGUUGACAAGUUGUUCCAGCAUCCUGUCACUUUAAGUCAAGGUCUGCUUAUUCAGUCAUCAAUUUUUGAUCCCUGUAGGUUAAAACUGGUUUUGCAAGUGUUUAAUGGACGCUGACAUACAAUAGUUAGUGUGACUCAAACUUUUUGCCAAGUGCCUAACCUGAAUUGUACUUGUUGGCUAGAUGUAGUUUUAAUGCACCAUAAGGUUGUAAUGAAGGCCCAGUUAGACUGAUAACACCAGUAUGUUGUUACUAAGUUUUCAUCAGUUUACAAAAAUGUAGAAGUGUUCUUGUCUUCAUAUUCCACUUGUAGAUCUGCAAACUUAUUUUAGUUGGCUGAGACCUGAAGGCUGUGAAAUUCUUCAUGCUCUCAUGCCUGCACUUUAUAUUUCAAACUUUGUUACAUUUAAUGGUUACAUUUCAAGUCAUGGCUUGGCAUAACCAUAAUGGUUAUACUGGCAAAAGGCAAAUCAACAAUUGUCAUCUGCUCCUACUAUAUCCCAAGAAACCAUUUUGUUCAAUAUUUGUUUUUUUCCUUCUUGAGCUCUCCUAGUUGCAUACUUCUCAGACUUUGAUUUUUUUUUUUUUUUUUUUUUUUUUGUGUGUGUGUUCUUGUAUCAACUGUUACUUUUUAAAAUAUAAUUUAUACUACAUAAUGCUUGAGCUUAGGGGUUAAUUUCUACCUCGUUUAGAUUUUAGUUUUCCUCCAUGUCCCCCUAAUCUCAAUGCAGUGCUCUGUACAUUUUCCGAUACAUUCUUGAGUAUGCUAUAUUCUUUCAUUCUCAACCUGCUGAGUUGAACAGUAAUGAAUGUAUGAGUGGACACUUUACACAACUCAGAAUGGUCAGAAUGGUUGUAGGCUCCUGCUGUACAUUCCCCAUUGAUAUGCAUUUGCCAAGUUGUGCCUUCCUUUACGAAAAGCAAACCAUGUCAAAACUGCUUUGAAGUUGUCUCUACAAUUCAAUGUUGUGCCAAUUUGGCCUGUUUACAAUGUAAAUGUUUUCUUGUUUUCAGUUGUUUCCUUCACCUAAAUGUUGAUUUCUGAUAUUUUGAAAAAUAAAAUCAGGGUGACUUUUCAAGA